AAAAAUGAAAAGAAAAUACCAGAUCAAAGCAAUCUCAAACCUAAAUCCUAGCGGGCAGGGAAGUGGUGAGAGAGUUUACCUGUUGCUGGAAGCCAAUCAACAGGUAAACUCCAGGUAUACGGGUACACCUGAAUUACCUGAAUACGUUACUGCCUCUGACAGUGAAAUCAGCCAUAUCCUGUUCUCAAGUCUAUCAAUACGUCAUGGUUGAUGGGCAUUAUAGUAGAGCGAACUAAGCUAAAAAAAU